AUGGCGGACUGCCGCAGCCUCAUCGAGUUCCUCCGCGCCUUCGAGCGCCGCCGCCGCGCCUCCACCCCCUCCCCGGACCCCUCCCCGUGCUCCCAGCGCGCCCGCCCGCGCCCCCGCCGCGCGCCCUCCUCCUGCUCCUCCCCCUCCCCCACCGCCCGGCGCAGGCCCUUCACCGCCCUCUGCGACCGCUCCCCGCCGACCCCGACCGCGGCGCUGGACGUGCUCGCGCUCCUCGCCGUCCUCUCCGCGCUCGCCUUCCUCGCCGCGCCCUACGCGCGCCUUCUCGCGCGCGAGGCCGCGGACCUGGUGCGCCACUACCCGGACGAGCCCUACUCCUACGUCGCCUUCGCGGCGGGCGCCGGCGCGGCCGUGGCCGCCGUCGCCGGGCUGCUGGCCUGGGAGGCGGCCGGCCACCACGCGCGCAAGUGCGGCCGGCCCCGCUGCCGCGGCCUGCGCAAGGCCGUCGAGUUCGACAUCCAGCUCGAGACGGAGGAGUGCGUGCGCGGGAGUCCGCUCGCGGCCGGCCGGGCCUCCGCGCUCCUCGCCGCGGCCCGCCCCGUCGAGCUCGGCGACGAGCACCGGGAGCUCGAGGCCGAGCUCAGGAAGAUGGCGCCCCCCAACGGCCGCUCCGUGCUCACCUUCCGCGCGCCCUGCGGCUGCGCCAAGGGCAGGAUGGAGGUCUGGGGAGCCAAGAAGGUGCGCCGGAUCAAGAAGUAGUCAUCCAGACACCCAAAACCGCUUCCGGCUUUUUUCCCCCCAGCAGGAGAAGCCCUGAAGCAACUAUACUCUUACUGCUCCAUAAUAAUAAGUAUUUCUAGUUGUUACAUACAAAAUACAGUGCUCUGCUCUUAUAGCAACUAUAGCUGAGAAUAAGGAGAGGAACAAAGGAAUACAUAUACAUGUGUUUGACUU